AUCUCGAGACAAGGAACGUUGGCCUUCAAAGAGAGAGUGGGGGAAAAUCAUUUGGUACGAAAAAAAAAAUGGGAAAGGUAUUUUUGUGGGGAAUCUUCCAUGGAAGUACGCACAGCAUUGAGCGGUGUAGCGCAACAGAAUCCAUUCAUACUCUCAAUCCGACCUUCCAUUUUCAUUUUUCUUUAUUAAAAUCCUUUUCUACUUUCAACUCCCUGCUUUGAAUUCCUUUGUUUUUUCUUGUUUUUUUAAUCAAGAAACACAUUCUUGUAAGCAAAGCAAUCGCCCAAAAUCCCAACUUCCCUCCCUCUCUCUCCCUUCUCUUCCUUUUCCUCCUCCCCUCGCCGGUGACUCGCCACCCUUUUCGACGGAGCUCCGACGAAGCCUGCACUUGAUCGUUUUCACCCUCCACAACUUCUCUUAACUCUUCCAUAACUGACUCCAGGUUGUCGACCAACAUGCUCAAAUCAACAGAAGAACUAGGUGAAAAUGCUACUGGCGGGCAUGAAACAAGUGAGAACAAUGAAUACGUAAGGCUAGUCAUUGCUAAUGAAGCAAGUCCUUUGGAAUUGGAGAUUCUACGGCCUCAAGACAAAUCGGAAAACGUAUUUUCCUUGAAGUGGUGGAUCAAAGUCUCUCUAUGGUCCAUUAUUAGUAUCGUAUUUCUUCUUGCUUUCUUCAAGUGGGGAGUUCCAUUUCUUUUUGAGAAGGUCAUCAUCCCAAUUAUGAAGUGGGAGGCUACUGCCUUUGGUCGACCUAUGCUUGCACUAAUGCUUGUUGCUUCUCUGGCAUUAUUUCCCGUAUUUUUUAUUCCCUCUGGCCCUUCAAUGUGGUUGGCUGGGAUGAUUUUUGGCUAUGGCCUUGGGUUCGUUAUAAUAAUGGUUGGAACAACUAUUGGGAUGGUCCUGCCAUAUUUAAUUGGAUUAUUUUUCCGUGAUCGAAUUCAUCAAUGGUUAAUGAGAUGGCCUCAAAAAGCCGAAAUGCUCAGACUUGCUGGGGAAGGGAGCUGGUUUCGUCAGUUUCAAGUUGUUGCACUCUUUAGGGUUUCACCAUUUCCGUACACUAUUUUUAAUUAUGCAAUUGUGGUAACAAGUAUGAGGUUUUGGCCCUACUUGUGCGGGUCAAUUGCUGGAAUGAUACCAGAGGCUUUCAUUUACAUUUACAGUGGUCGGCUAAUGAGGACACUAGCAGAUGUACAAUAUGGAAAGCAUCACCUGACAACUGUUGAGAUUGUGUAUAACGUGAUCUCCUUCAUCAUCGCGAUCAUCACUAUUAUUAUUUUCACUGUUUAUGCAAAAAGGAUGCUGAACAACCUUCAAAUGGCAGAAGAUGAUAGGAAGUAUUCUGUCUCCCUCCCUGGCAGUUUUGAGGUGGAGAAUCUUUCACAUGAAAGAUCUCCGAUCAAUGUGAUGAAAGAAGAUAGAGCUGUAGAAGAAGUCGUUGCUGAGAUUACCCACAAAAUAAGAGUUGCUGGAAUACUUGAUAAAGUGGAAAGAGCUCCCAAACCAACAGAUCAGUUUAGAGGGUGAUGAAGGGAAUGCCUAGAGGUUUUUUUAGUCGGAAGAUUGAUCUUGUUUAUGUUGCAUCAAUCAGCGAGGAUUUCAACUAACUAGGGUGGAUAUUGGGGCUUCUAUAGUACAUUAUUUACGUAUGGCCACAAGCUCAAGACGCCCUCCCUCAUGUAUUGAUGCAAUGUAAUUUAACUUUUAGUUUGUAUAUAGUUUUUGAGCGACUUCUCCUCACUUUGCACGUCUUCGCUUAUUGUAGGCGAAUGACCACGGAAUCUACCAUAACCAAUUGCCCUUACCUAUAAUGUCGUUCGAUUGCUAUCAAAAUUCUAUUUUCCCUUGCCUGAA